AUGACUCCACCUUUCCUGUGCUGUGUGUGUAGAGCUGUGCUGAUUCCCAGUAAUUCCCUGCCUUCCCCUCCGUGUUUCCUAGAGUAUGCCCAGCUGUUUGCAGCCCUGAUCGCCCGCACUGCCAAGGACAUCGAUGUGCUCAUAGACUCCCUGCCCAGCGAGGAAUCCACAGCAGCUCUACAGGCUGCAAGUCUCUAUCGGUUGGAAGAGGAGAACCACGAGGCGGCUGCCCGGCUGGAGGAGGUGGUUUACCGUGGGGAUGUGCUGCUGGAGAAGAUCCAGAGCGCCCUGGCGGAUAUCGCACAGUCACAGCUGAAAACCAGGAGCGGCACCCCCAGCCAGCCCCUUCCCGAAUCCUAGCGCCAGAGGGCAGCGUGGCCCUGCCAGACCGCCUCGGGAACACCUCUGGAUCCACCGGGAAUGCAGCAGCAGCCCGUGGGACUCUGCUUUGUCAAAGCUCAGACUGCAGGUUCUGUGUGGGAAACGCUUCUCCUACGGGAUCAGUGGUGCUGCUCUGGAAUUGGGUAUAUUGAUGGAUGUUUCCUUGCCUGAAAAUAUGAAUUUCUGAGCUUUCUGUUCCAAACUUGUAUGGUUAUGGUAUGCUUUUUGUAAGGCUCACGCAGACACACUUGAAUUUGCCAGAGUUCCAUGGGGACGGUGCUGUGAAUGCAGUGGUGGCCAUCUGGUUUAAUUAACAAGAAUGGUAAUUAAACAUUGGUGUGACUGAUGGGCUGGUUCACCACCCUUUACAGAGCAAGCGAAAGGGAAAGUAAACUCUGAUGUUUGCAGAGUAAUUGGCAUCUCAUUUACAAAGAAAUAAACCUGCAGAUAUCUGA